ACAGACACGGAAGGGAGGGAAGAAGACAGCACAAAAAAUACAAAAGCCUGAACCCUAACAGUUCUCUAGUCCUUUCCUGUUGACCUAAAGGAAAAUGUUUCAGAAUCUAUACUGGCCUUGAUGUCGGUAUUGUCUGUAGGUCAUUUUAACACAGAUAAGAGUAGCUCCAUGAUGACAGCGGAGACACGGGUCUAAGCAGAAGCUUUUCACAGCUCUCAAUUUGCAGCUUUUUAGGUGAACACUUGGCACAGUACACAGACUCUGUGCAUUAAAGAUGACCAAGUCUACAAUUAUUAAAGUGUUGGUCAGUACCCUCUUCUUUCUAGUGUUCCUGCUCUACUUAUUUAUGAGAAGCUUUCCAGCCUCUCAAAAGAUGGAGAUGCAUGUGCCUGCACAGACACACAGGUUGGCCCCUGUCCCUGUGUCUCCACGUCCCUGUACUUGUCCGCCUGGCUCAGUGCAACUGAAAGAUCAAAUUCCUGAGGACCAGUUUGACAAAGUGUAUCAGCGAAGAAAAGAAGAAUUUGAGAAGUGGAAGAAAAGAACCUCAUCUGAAUUAUCCAAACUGCUGCUGGCUCCACCCAACUCUCCUCUGCAGUAUCCCAUUCAAGGUUUUACUGUUCCCCCUCUGAGAAGAUGCCCCAUCCCAGGUUUAAAACUGUACACAGGAGAGCAAAGCAGAUACAAGGUGAUCCUGAAUGUCAGGAAUGGUCUCCUCAGUGCAGAUGCCUCACUCUUCACAGGAGAAGUGAUAGUAAAAGGUGACGGAAAGGCUGAGAUCACUGUGGAGUCCAGUAGCCUGAAGUUCCUGAAUGCUGUGCUGGCAUCAGUGUCCUACCAAAGCAGCUUUUAUCAUGUCCACACUGCAGAUCUGGCCUCCUUUUCUUUUGAGAAUCAUGAAGCCCAGUUUCCCAUCAUCAUCAGACAGCCUCAGCUGCCAGUCCUGUUUGACAUGGGGGCGGACAUCAGCUCACAAGUCAGUAUCACCAUCAAGACCUUUCUGCGCUAUGAUAAUCUCAAAGUGCUACUGAGCAGCAUCCGCAGGUUUUACCCCAACAUAACAGUGAUUAUUGCAGAUGACAGCAUUGAACCAGAAAAGAUAACAGGAGAGAACAUCCAGCAAUACAUCAUGCCACCAGCUCAGGGUUGGUUUGCUGGCAGAAAUCUGGCUGUUUCCCAAGUCACCACGAAGUAUUUUCUGUGGGUAGAUGAUGACUUCAUAUUCAGUCAAAGCACAAAGAUUGAGAAAAUGGUCGAGGUCAUGGAGGCUGUUCCUGAACUGGAUGUGGUUGGUGGCUCAGUGCAAGGAAACACAUUUCACUUUUCACUUGAGUAUGACAAAGGAGAUGAGACUGAAGGAGGCUGUUUAUACAGAAAAUCCCACGGAAGGUUCCAUGCACUUCCUGGUUACCCACAAUGCUAUUUGACCAGCGGAGUGGUCAAUUUCUUCCUGGCUCGUACGGACUGCAUCCAGAAAUCUAGAUUUGACCCCCUCCUAAAGAGAGUUGCACACUCAGAAUUCUUUAUGGAUGGACUAGGCUCCCUGAUGGUGGCUUCUUGUAGUCAUGUGUCUAUUGGUCAUCAGCCAAAGAAAAAUUCCAACCAGUAUAACAACUUUCGGAAGCAAACUGGUUCUGAGCAGGCAUUCAAAUACCAACUGCACUUCUUCAAAAACAAUCUCAAGUGCAUAAAGUUUGGAUGAAGGGUUACAGUGGGAAUUGAGAACUUCGUCUUUUGAUGUCAUAUGUUAUUUUUCAAUUCCAUGUUCAGCGCUUCCUGUAUUCCCCCUUUGUUUCUCAUGUCUGUGCACUUUGCUUGGAAAAAAUGACAUUGCCCUUGAAUGUUCCUGUAUUUGGGGUCUCUUUUGAUGAAUACACUGGUAUUAUAUUAGGAUUUUUAAUUGUGUUUUUUUAAAUAAAGAGAGAUAUUGGGCCUUUUC